GAAGGCUUUUAAGUCUUUAUCUCUUAUUAUAGGUUAAUCUUAUACGGGCUGGAGAGAUGGCUCAACAGUUAAAAGAAUGUGUAACGUUUGCAGCCAGCCUUUCCUAGCACCCAUGUCUGGUGGCUCAAAGCCUCCUGUAACUCCGGCCAGCUAUAGGAGAUCGAUGCCCACUUCUGGCCUCCACAAAAAUCACUUUCAAUAUAGCACAUACAACACCUAGAGAAAAACACAAUCUUUUUCAAAAGUUGAAUCUUCUAGAGGUUAAAUCUUACCAUUUGUCUUUUGUUGCAGUUUCCAUCUAGCCUAAAGGUAGCCAACCUCAAAUGGGGGCGAUCAGGUAGAUGGUCCCCUUGUUUGUGCCGUCCAAUGACUGCCACGGCCACCAGCUGUCCAUCUGGGGCGGUUGUCUUUCUUGUCCCACUUAAGAGCUCCUUCAGAGCAUGUGAGCCUGUGCUAUAUUGAAAAUCACUUCUGUUAUUCAACAGCUCAAUCGGAAAGUGGCAGGGUCACAUUUCAGGUCCUCUUCAGAGACACAUGUUGGACACUGAAAGAAAACUGAGGCUAUAUUAUACUGGAUUGGACGAAGUCAGGACCACCACCAGGCCACCUACGUGUUAUGCACGCUUAGAAGGUUCAGGAAUUGUUACUACAAGCUGUAUUGGUUUCUCCAGGUCCCAGUGGGGGGUAGGGCGGAGAGUUGGUCCCAGCUGGCCCGCAGUGGGGGCGUGGCCACCGCGGCCUCACGCACUCGCGUCUGGCCGGGCUCCGCCCCCCCUCGAAGCGCGGUGGCUUUCGGGGCUUGUAGUCCCAAGGCCUACCGGAAGGCGCGCAGGGCAGGCGUUCCUGCCUGUCUGUGCUUGAGGUCACCUCUCUUGAGCGCUCCCUCAUUCUCAGGCGUGGCCUCCUGGAGCGCCACGGCCCUCGGCUGCUCCGUCGCGCGCUUCUGGUGUUUCAAUAAAGUUGUCCUCCCUGUGCGGAGCUCAAGAUGGCGGCCUCCUGGUCGCCCUUGGUUACCCUGCGCUCCGCCGCGCGCAGCCGGCUGACGGGGAGAGGUGUUGGGUGCGGGGCGCGGGCCGUCGCAAUCCCUCCUCCGGCCCCUGGCCCCGGGAGCCCCCUUUGGAAAGCCUACACAGUCCAGACCUCGGAAGGUGUGCGCCCGACGGCGGCUUCUGAGGCCCAUUCCAAAGCUUUGGCUGUUUGCCGUGGACCUCUGGACCACUAUGAUUUUCUGAUCAAAGCUCAGGAGCUGCGGGAUGACGAGCACCAGAGGAGGGUUGUUCAGUGUUUGCAGAAGUUACUGGAGGACCUGAAAGGAUACAGCAUAGAGGAAGAAGGGUUCCUUUCAAAGCUUUUUUCAAAGAACAAACCUCCAAAGGGCCUGUAUGUUUAUGGAGACGUUGGUACAGGGAAAACAAUGGUGAUGGACAUGUUUUAUGCUUAUGUGGAAAUGAAGAGGAAAAAACGGGUCCAUUUUCAUGGCUUCAUGCUAGAUGUGCACAGAAGAAUACAUCGCCUUAAACAGAGCUUGCCCAAGAGGAAGGCAGGAUUCAUGACUAAGUCAUAUGACCCCAUCGCUCCCAUAGCUGAAGAGAUAAGCCAAGAAGCUUGUCUCCUAUGUUUUGAUGAAUUUCAGGUCACUGACAUCGCCGACGCCAUGAUUCUGAAACAGCUUUUUGAAAAUCUGUUCAAAAACGGGGUCGUCGUUGUGGCAACAUCCAACAGACCACCGGAAGAUCUCUAUAAAAAUGGACUCCAGAGGGCCAACUUUGUACCGUUCAUAGCUGUCCUGAAGGAAUAUUGCAAUACGGUCCAGCUAGAUUCUGGGAUAGAUUAUCGGAAAAGGGAACUCAUUCCUGCAGGGAAACUCUACUACCUUACAAGUGAAGCUGAUGUGGAGGCUGUCAUGGAUAAGUUGUUUGAUGAGCUGGCCCAGAAACAAAAUGAUUUAACUAGACCAAGGAUUCUAAAAGUGCAAGGGAGAGAGCUGAGGCUGAAUAAAGCCUGUGGAACCAUUGCCGACUGCACGUUUGAAGAGCUGUGUGAGAGGCCGCUUGGAGCAAGUGAUUAUUUGGAAUUGUCGAAGAAUUUUGAUACAGUGUUUGUACGGAACAUUCCGCAGUUUUCGCUGGCAAAGCGGACUGAAGCGCGACGAUUCAUAACUCUCAUCGACAACUUCUAUGACUACAAGGUGCGGAUAAUUUGCUGUGCAUCAGCUCCUAUCCCAAGCUUAUUUUUGCAUCAACAUCAUGACAGUGAGUUGGAGCAAAGCAGAAUGCUGAUGGACGAUUUGGGGCUGAGCCAGGACUCGGCAGGGCUCUCCAUGUUCACUGGAGAGGAGGAAGUCUUCGCCUUUCAUCGCACGGUCUCCCGGCUCACAGAGAUGCAGACUGAGCAGUACUGGGAGGAAGGGGACAGAAGCAAGAAGUGACGUCACUUCACAGGAAUAAAAACAGGAGGGACUGGUGAGGGCUGUGAGACUGGACAAAAUCAUCUCAUCAUCGACCAUGCACUUUGUCCCCCAGACUUGUCAUCUGAGGCAGUGGACGAGCACACUGAAGGCUUGUCUUUGUAGACCCAUGUUUUACCCAUUUAUUUGGACUUACUUCUACAUCAUACAAUGAAAUCAUCACUCCUGAAGAUUACUAUAAAACCUGACAUGUUAGCACCUGAACAUGUUAGAGCCUUGAACAUACGAACACACAGCAAAUGCAGGAUGCCUGGGCAUCUCUAAGCUUUGGCUACACAGUAGUCACACCUUAGAAAUACACUGGCUAUAAGAAGCAGGUGGAAUCCUACUUUUCAGUUUAAAACAAAGAGAGCUUUCCAGAAACUGAAGGGAAAAGCAUUCUACGUUGACCUCUGUAUUCCUGCUUGUUGGUUGGUUAUGAAUUGCAAUCACCCACAGGCCUGUGGUUUCCUCAGUGCUGGAAAGAGCCUGUGUUCUAACCCCUACAUCCAGGUUGGCAGGCAAGACCUGGCCACGUGAGGACAUGGAUCACAAAACCAGCAGGCGAGGAGCAGGUGGGAAAUUCCAACUAACAGGCAGGUUUACCUCCCCUCUGCUAGCCAAGGAGGCAGGUGCCAGCAAUGUGACUGUGGAGGAGGCAGAGCCAUGGCCACAGCAGCAGCAGAGUGAACCCCAUCACCCAAGGUGCCCUCCUCCAUUCGCCCACACCUGCUCUCGCUGCGGAGUUCACAGCCCACCCUUGAUGCUGAGUCUGCGAAGAGUUGGACCUCAUAGGGAGCAGGAGAGGACACUUGACAAAUCUGUAAAUAAAAGCUGAUUUCUCCUUCA